UGUGGCCCGCUAUGGCGGCAGUGUUGAGGUUGGGGCCGGGAAACGACGCUUUUGACUGAGGGUGUAGGCCAGGCAGAGGCAGCAGGGACAUCGAGCGGCCCAGAAGAGGACCAGCCUGGACGCCGGGGACGCUGUCAUGUACGGCGCGGGUGGAGGGCGCGCCAAACCCGAGAGGAAAAGCAGCGCGAAGGAGGAGGCCGGGCCCGGCGGCGCCGGCGGUGGGGGGAGCCGAGUGGAGCUGUUGGUUUUUGGCUAUGCCUGCAAACUAUUCCGGGACGACGAGCGGGCCCUGGCCCAGGAACAGGGACAGCAUCUCAUCCCCUGGAUGGGGGACCACAAGAUCCUCAUCGACAGGUCGGUUCCUCCCCCCACCCGUCGAUCCUCCCCUUCCCUCGCCCGCUUGAUUUCGUCCGAUGUUGACUUGAUGUCCAGGACUAAAAAGGGGUUUUCUGGAGCCAGCGGGGAUCCGGGGGACGCCCCCGCCCCGCCCCCCAUCUCCUCCUGGUGUUCUUGGGGGAGGGGGACGGUGAAACCUGCCCUAAGGCACUGGCUGGAAUUGCGUGCCGCGUCUGUCGCCGGAGGGAUCUUCUCUGCUCCCACAGCCCCACUCGACCCCUCACCCCUGUCGCCGGGCUGCAGUUGGCGAUUUCGUGUGGUGGAAGCUGCCGGUGCCCGGGGUCUCUCCUGACCGGUGCCUUGGGCUUGCCGCCCGGCGCUGCCAUAGGGUUGUGCGCUCUCUCUGCUCGGUGCUGGGAGGGCAGUCCGGGAAGCGCGCUUUUUAUUCUUCCGAAACGCCGCACACUGAGGCCUUGGUUAGAAGCUUCUUUCGGACCCUGUGAGUUAGCUUGAACCUUUUAUGCCCCAGCGCCCUCAGUUGAGCGCCUGUACUUGGCCUGCGUGACAUUUGACUCCCCCCAGCGACCCCUUCCCUGAUUCGACGAGUUUGACAGAUUGAGGUAGUGGGUGACGUUGCCCAUCAGUGGGAGGUCAGUUGACUUCGUGCGGACCCUGGCCCUGCUUAGAGGUAGUGUUCUUAGGGCUGGUUUCACUGUCUCUUAAAACUGAAGGGUGGAGCUGGGAUGUAAAUGUGUUGCUUCUUUUCAAAUCAAACCUGUUUUAGGUGAUCACCCUGGAAGAUGAUUAGCUAUUAUGGGCAGAGGGGACCUGAGAUUAGGGAUUUCCAAAGGUGUUUGAUUUGAAAAGGAUGACAUUACAUGAUGUAGGUUGUUUGCUCCCCCUUUGCUUCCAUUUUUUCAUUCUCCCUUUCCUUCCCCUCUUCCCUGCAUUUUGGGUUUGUGGGGUUUCUUGGGGUUUUGUUUCGUUUUUUGCCAGUUUGGCAACAUUAUGUCUGGGGCCGGGACUGAAAAGUUAACCAUGACCAACCAUUAACUGUGGAAUAGUCUCUCCAACUGAAAGAAGCCCAUGGAUUGACACCAUUAAAACUGGAUUCUGCAAAGCCCUGGAACGUGACUGUAGGGAUGACCUCUGAGCUGGCCAGAAUGGACACAUUAAUGACCAAAUAGGUCUUUUUCCAUCCCUGACAUUUCCAUUUGGAGUUAGAUCUAGAAAACAAGAACUCAUGAAGGGAGGGUGACCAGAUCCCGUCAGAUCUGGAUCUGAUGGCUCUGCACUUUGCUAAAACACGCUGUGCCUUUAAACGUUUAUAUUGACUGUGUCACCUGAGUUAUCAGGCUUGCUUUUCCAAAGUGUUACUUGUGAUAUUUAUUAUUAAAGUUUGGUAAGCAAUGAAGUCUGAGCUCUUUAUGCAGUUUUCCAUAUCAUUCUUUAUAUGAUUUGAGUCAGGUCUUCCAAAACUGGUGGGGAGCAAACGCUACACAUGUACAUGUGUAAUAUUUUUAAAUAAUCUACAUUUGUAAGUUAAGGAGGUUUACAUUAAAGUUAAUUUUGAAAUUUAAUCAAAUUCAAUAAUGUGGCUACCCUGAAAUUUUUGGCUUUUUCCCUGUAAAUUUUUUUUUUUAACAUUAACAUUUUUGGUCCCCAUUACAAAAACCAGCCUUAAAAAAUUAGGCAGACUUUUGUUUGUCUCUCUAUAUUCAUUUUUGAAAUCCUGAAUCUUGAGUGUUUUAAGUAUGGUUAAAUUCACUAACUCAUUUAUUAUUGGAUAGUAGCACAUUGACAAUGUCUUCAUUGAAUUUUUUUAUAUUAAAAGAAUAGCAAAAAAAGGGCUCUCAUUCUUAAUUUGGCUGAAAUACGCUAUUGAUCCACUUAAGAGAAACAAAGAUGUAUCUUCAUGUAUAUUAUUUCCUGGGGGUAUAAAGUUCAGAAGGAAGUAUCAAUACUGCAUCUUCUAAUAGUUUUGCUCUAUUUCCAGUGAACCUCCUUAAACUGCAUGUAUAUGUCACUGUUCCUAUGUAUGUGUGUCUCUCUAUCACAUAACCCAGCACUUAUUUCCUCAGCCAAGUGGCUAGGGAGCGAGCCUAGCCAAGAUUUUACCUCCAAUGGACGCAAGUUUCUUUGAUGAAGAUCUCUCCUGAGAGUUCGGGACUAGCAGAAAGACGCGAGGAAAUUUCGACCGUUUGGUUCUUACGGAUAGGUAUUUAUGUAUUCGGUUUGUGUGAAUGUAAGCUAUGAUAUUUGACUUUUCAGAAAAAAGAUUUUUAUUUUUUUUUUUUUUGCAAGUGGCAUUGAAUGGUUGACCAAACCAUAACGGUAAGAACUGCCAGUGAAAUGGAUAACAUUUAUGAUAAUAAAGGAUUAUCUGCCUUUAAUUAUAAGUUUUAUCGUACUGUAGAAAGGAAUUUUGACUUUGUUAAGAUAAUUUGAGUUUAAAAGUAGGUGAGAUAUGAUUUGCAAAAUUAAAUAUAAAUCUGAGAAGAGUUUUAAUAUUUGUUUUAAUAUUUUUAUUUCUUUAUUUUAAUUGGUAAGUAUAUAUAUGAAAAAAAUCACACACACCAAUCUAGACAUUAAUUUCUUUCUAUUGACCAGCUUGUUCAUAUUACAGAUAUGAUGGACGUGGUCACCUGCAUGACCUUUCUGAGUAUGAUGCUGAGUAUUCCACAUGGAACAGAGAUUAUCAGCUAUCUGAAGAGGAGGCACGAAUAGAUGCCCUGUGUGAUGAAGAGAGAGGAAGAAUACAAGCGAUUGAGUGAAGCUCUAGCAGAGGAUGGGAGCUACAAUGCUGUGGGGUUCACUUAUGGUAGUGACUAUUAUGACCCAUCAGAGCCAACAGAGGAGGAGGAGCCUUCCAAACAGAGAGAAAAAAAUGAGACUGAAAAUCUAGAGGAAAAUGAAGAGCCCUUCAUCGCCCCAUUAGGAUUGAACGUGCCGUCUGACGUGGAGCUGCCACCAACAGCAAAAAUGCACGCCAUCAUUGAGCGCACAGCCAAUUUUGUGUGCAAGCAGGGAGCACAGUUCGAAAUAAUGCUGAAGGCCAAGCAAGCUCGAAACUCCCAGUUCGACUUUCUGCGCUUCGAUCACUACCUCAACCCCUACUAUAAGUUUAUCCAGAAAGCUAUGAAGGAAGGACGAUACACAGUGCUAGCAGAAAAUAAAACUGAAGAGAAGAAAAAGUCAGGGGUCGUCUCUGACAAUGAGGAGGAUGACGAUGAGGAAGAUGGAAAUUACCUCCACCCAUCUCUCUUUGCCUCCCAGAAGUGCAACCGCCUCGAGGAGUUGAUGAAGCCCUUGAAGGUGGUGGACCCAGAUCACCCCCUAGCAGCACUUGUCCGUAAAGCACAGGCUGACAGUUCUGCUCCUACCCCACAUGCUGUAGAUGGUGCACCCUCGCAGCCCUCCCAGGUGGAGUACACGACAGACUCAGCUGUAGCUGCCAUGUACUACAGCUACUACAUGCUGCCGGAUGGCACCUACUGCCUGGCGCCUCCCCCUCCGGGAAUCGAUGUGGCUACUUACUACAGCACUCUUCCUGCUGGAGUGACCGUGUCCAGUUCCCCUGGGGUGACAACCACUGCCCCCCCACCUCCUGGGACCACACCGCCACCCCCACCAACCACAGCCAAAACAAGCAGUGGGGCCACCUCCACAACCACCACCACAAGUGCACUUGCUCCCGUGGCUGCCAUCAUUCCCCCGCCCCCCGACAUCCAGCCUGUGAUUGACAAGUUGGCAGAAUAUGUCGCCAGGAAUGGCCUGAAAUUUGAGACCAGCGUUCGUGCCAAGAAUGAUCAAAGAUUUGAGUUCCUACAGCCGUGGCACCAGUACAAUGCAUAUUACGAGUUUAAGAAGCAGUUCUUCCUCCAGAAGGAAGGAGGCGAGAGCACACAGACUGUUUCAGCACCAGAAGAGGCUACUGCAGACUCUGCCCCUGAGAAGUUGAAUGACGCUGGGGAGGACAGCAUUUCUGAAGACGUGGCAGAGGCAGGAGGGCGAACAGGUGCAGGCGGGAAAAAGGAGGCGACAUCCAGUAAAACCGUCCCAGAUGGGAAACUGGUGAAAGCUUCAUUUGCUCCAAUAAGCUUUGCAAUCAAGGCCAAAGAAAAUGAUCUACUUCCCCUGGAAAAAAAUCGUGUUAAGCUAGAUGAUGACAGUGAUGAUGAUGAAGAAAGCAAAGAAGGCCAAGAAAGUUCUAGUAGUGCUGCACACACUAACCCGGCAGUUGCCCCACCCUGUGUAGUUGUUGAGGAGAAGAAGCCUCAACUUACCCAGGAGGAGCUAGAAGCAAAGCAAGCAAAGCAAAAGCUGGAGGACCGCCUUGCAGCUGCUGCCCGGGAAAAGCUGGCUCAGGCAUCUAAGGAGUCAAAAGAGAAGCAGCUUCAAGCAGAACGUAAAAGGAAAGCAGCAUUAUUUUUACAGACCUUAAAAAAUCCUCUGCCAGAAGCAGAAGUUGUGAAAGUUGAGGAGAGUCCUUUCAGUGUAGAGGAAGCCAGUGCUAUGCCCUGUCCUCUAUCAACUGGGGGCAGACCUCUGCCUACUUUAGAAGCUAAACCACCUGAAAGGUCUUCCAGCAAAAGCAAAGAUCCACCAAGAGAAGAAGAAAAAGAAAAGAAAAAGAAAAAGCACAAAAAAAGAUCUCGAACAAGAUCACGUUCUCCCAAGUAUCACUCAUCGUCCAAAUCCAGGUCUAGAUCACACUCAAAAGCAAAGCAUUCUCUUCCCAGUGCCUACCGGACUGUGCGGCGGUCUAGGGAUCUGGUAGCGCCCAGCCCGGCACCUUUUACUCUGAAUGUGAAGUGUGUGCCUCCGUGUCACAGAGCCACAGCCUCCCCAGGGACACAGAGCAGCUCGGCAGUGACAGCAGGAGCAGAGCAAGGAGCUUAUCAGGCAGCCUCGGCCACCAACAGAUUUGACUCCCGGAGCUCUUUUGAGGGAAAACCUGGUAAAAUGUCAAGGUCACGCUCGCGGUCCCCUCGGAGGAGAGCCCACUCUCCAGAGAGACGGAGGGAAGAAAGAAGUGUCCCCACUGCCUACCGCGUGAGCAGCAGCCCUGGGGCCAGCAGGAAACGGACCCGCUCCAGAAGUCCCCACGAGAAGAAGAAGAAGAGGCGAUCUCGAUCUCGGACCAAGUCCAAGGCCCGGUCUCAGUCUGUGUCCCCAAGCAAACAGGCAGCACCCCGGCCUGCGGCCUCCUCAGCCCAUUCAGCCAGUGUCUCUCCUGUGGAGAGCCGGGGCUCCAGCCAGGAGCGCUCCAGGGGAAUUUCUCAGGAAAAAGAUGCUCAGAUCUCUUCAGCAAUCGUUUCUUCCGUGCAGAGCAAAAUAACUCAGGAUCUCAUGGCCAAAGUCAGAGCAAUGCUUGCAGCUUCCAAAAACCUGCAGACCAGCGCCUCCUGAGACAGCAGCCCUGCUGAGCGGAGACACCCCCGGCCUAAAAACAGCCAUGUACAAAGGCUGGCAUUGGGCCUGGGGGUCCACACACAAGAGGUCACAGAGAUGUGGACAGGAAAAGGCUCAUGUCUGUGUAGCCACAGAACACCGUCCAGACCUUCCACCCUAGGACUCUGUGGACAAUGGGUGGUUUUUGUAAAUUAAUUUUUGAUGACAUUUUCAGUUUAAGAUUUUUGACCAGCAGUCUCUUACCUGUAUAUUUGUAAAUAAUAUCAUGUUUCUGUGAAAAUGUAUUAUCAAAUAAAAUGGGAGGAAAACACCUUUUCUAGCUAGAA